CUCGUUACAAUAUUCACUUAAUCGUUCCGCGAUUGUUCUACGUGCAAGUGUGUGUGACUGUGUGUUUGCGAGUGUGUGUGUGUUAGAGUAGUGCGGGUGUGUGAAUGAAAAACUGGCAACUGUGAAAAUAUAACCAAAAAUAAAGGCAAAUUCAUAGCGACAGCAGCGGCACGGCCAUGGCGGAUGCGGUGGCCAACAAGAAGAAGACCAGAAACAAAAAGAAGUCACAGGCACAGGGGCAGAACCAGGUACUGGCUAAAGUGAACCCCAAACCUGUCAAGGCAAAGCUCAAUGGCCAUGUUGAGCAUCAGCAGACGGACAAUGACCAGGUGGAUAUGGAUGUGUCCUUAAUCAAUGGAUUAAUGGAGAAGGUCCAGCUCUGCAAUGGUCACGGCAAGGAGCAGCUGACCAGCAGCCAUGUCAAUGGCCAUGCCUACAACAACAAUCACCUUAAUACCAACAAUAACAACAACAAUAAUCAUAAUAAUAGCAACAACAACAAUGAGCUAAGCAUAAACAGUGCAAAAAGCAAUAAUAGCAACAAGAACAAUAACACUAGUAAAGCAAAAAGCAACCACAGCAAGCCCAAGAUAACGCAGAGAGAGGCGGAGGAGGAGGAGCUAGAUCCAAGCGUAACAACAACACCAACUAAAAUAUGCACUGCCAAUACAGAAGCCACAGCAGCAACAAAAACCACAAAGACAAGCGCCUUGGCCAUUGCAACAAGGGGUGGCAUAAAGCCAGAUCGCCAAGAGGAACAACAACAGCCACAAGAGGAGGUGCCCACAACAUCGGCAGCGGCUGCUGCUGCUGCUUCCACAACUACAACCACCACCACCACAGAGCCCAUGGCCGUGUCUAAGCUCGAAACUGAGCCCGUGUCCGUGCCCGCUAACCAACUUCAGUUAGAACCUGCCAUUACAGCCGAUGAAAUCGUUUAUAAAGAAUACGAAGCCGAGCAUCAGAUGCAUGACAUAAUGCGACUGAUACAAGCCGAGCUGUCCGAGCCAUAUUCGAUAUACACCUAUCGCUAUUUCAUUUACAACUGGCCAAAACUAUGCUUCCUAGCCUCGCACGAUAAUCAAUAUGUAGGCGCCAUUGUAUGCAAGCUGGACAUGCAUAUGAAUGUGAGACGCGGCUAUAUUGCCAUGUUGGCGGUGCGCAAGGAAUACCGCAAGCUCAAAAUUGGCACCACGCUCGUGACCAAAGCCAUUGAGGCCAUGCUAGCUGACAAUGCCGAUGAGGUGGUGCUGGAAACAGAGAUGCGCAACGAGCCGGCGCUGCGUCUGUAUGAGAAUCUGGGCUUUGUGCGUGACAAGCGACUGUUUCGUUACUAUCUCAAUGGCGUGGACGCACUGCGCCUGAAGCUUUGGUUCAGAUGAGCCACACUGUAUGCUGAAGCCAUCGAGAGGAUUGUCUAGCGAGAAAGAGAGGGAAAGAGAGAGCGCUCUACAAACGGAUGCCUUGUUUCGACUAUAUAUACAGACAGAUAUGUAUAUAGAGUUCAAAAAGUGAACCCAAAUGUAUAUCCAAGGGGCUGGCUUCCAUGCUGUUGUUCACACCACACACACACACACGCGAUCGGCACACUUUGAUUGAUUGAUUGUUUUUUU